AUGAACUAAAAUUCAGAUUAAUGCAGAUUGAUCAAAUAAGUUGAGAACCUAUCUCUGAUACGUAAACCUCAUUUUAUUUUUACCAAAAAAGAGAACAAAAUUUCUAUAAAUAACAUUGACUUUAACACACUUUUACAAGAACUCUUUCAAGAUGAUUGA